UGUGGGCCUGGGGCAAUGCAAGAGCUGUAUAAAAGCAGGGUCUUCUCCGCACUCUCACAUUCACUCCACUCACCUCCAUCUCCUUGGAACAAGGUGCACCUGCAGCCCCAAGACAUGUCCUGCUACACCCCGUGCCGGCCCUGCCAGCCCUGCGGCCCCACCCCGCUGGCCAACAGCUGCAAUGAGCCCUGUGUCCGGCAGUGCCAGGACUCCACCGUCAUCAUCGAACCCUCUCCUGUGGUGGUGACCCUGCCUGGCCCCAUCCUCAGCUCCUUCCCACAGAACACCGUGGUGGGAUCCUCCACCUCCGCUGCUGUUGGCAGCAUCCUCAGCUCUCAGGGAGUGCCCAUCAGCUCCGGGGGCUUUGGCCUCUCAGGCUUGGGCAGUGGCCUCUGUGGCACGAGGUGUCUCCCCUGCUAAAGCUGCUGGCGAUGGCCCUGGGGAAGGAAGCCAGGGAUGCAGAGGGUGGAACCGCCCUGGGGACGAAGCAUCGGCUUGUUGCUUCCUGAGGGACUGAGCCAGCCCAGCCCAUGCCUU